UUCCUCAGCGCUGCCUACGGAGGUGGCAGCCAUCUCUUACAUGGCACCAUGGCUGCCCUCAGACCCCUCGUGAAACCCAAGAUUGUCAAAAAGAGGACCAAGAAGUUCAUCUGGCACCAGUCAGACAGGUAUGUAAAAAUUAAGCGGAACUGGCGGAAACCCAGAGGCAUUGACAACAGGGUGCGGAGAAGAUUCAAGGGCCAGAUCUUGAUGCCCAACAUUGGUUAUGGGAGCAACAAGAAAACAAAGCACAUGCUGCCCAGUGGCUUUUGGAAGUUUCUGGUCCAUAACGUCAAGGAGCUUGAAGUGCUGCUGAUGUGCAAUAAGUCUCACUGUGCUGAGAUUGCUCACAACGUCUCCUCCAAGAACCGCAAAGCCAUUGUGGAAAGAGCAGCCCAGCUGGCCAUUAGAGUCACCAAUCCCAAUGCCAGGCAGCGAAGAAAACAAAUAGACAGAUUGUACUUCAAGUUUCUUCUGGGCCUGAAGUCUUUGAGCAGUCAGAGGACUUCCAUCCUGGCCACCUCUUGGACAGGAAGGGAUGAUUCAAGAAGGACAAAGUGCUUCCUGCGCUUUGAUCAUGAAGAUCAGGACAUCACUGUAGAGUAG